AUGAAUGCUCUCGAUCAUUGGGCGCCUACUUAUGAAUGUGAGACGUGUGAUCGAACCUUUAGGUCCUCGAGUGCCUGCGACCAGCACAUGGAUGCCAAAGACCACUGGGCUCCAACCUAUGAAUGUGAGACUUGCUCCAAGGAGUUCUUCUCUGAGCAGGCUCGGGCCCAGCAUAUGAAUGCUCUCGAUCAUUGGGCGCCUACUUAUGAAUGUGAGACGUGUGAUCGAACAUUUAGGUCCUCGAGCGCCUGCGACCAGCAUAUGAAUGAUCUCAAUCACUGGGCACCCACCUUUGAAUGUGAGACGUGUGAUCGAAUCUUUAAAUCCUCGAUUUGCACCCAAAGUGCCGCAGCUCAGAAUGUGAAACAGACGGGUCAGUACAAUGUCUACUGCCGACAGUGUGACCGUACAUUCAAGGAUGAGAACAGCCUUAAAAUGCACCUGAACUCAGCCACCCACCGCGGCCGAACCAUCGUUUGCCCAUUUUGCCAGACUUGGUAUACUACCCCCAGCGGCCUUACCCAUCAUCUCGAGAAAGCAGCCUGCCCGAGUGCUCCAGCACUAAACAUAGAAACUAUCCACGAGAUGAUACGCAAGCGAGAUCCAAAGGGCAUCAUCACCAUGAAGGGGAUCGGGUGGUAUCCGCAGCAAAAGAAAUCUUACUCUGCCAGUGGUCUUGCGUACAAUGGCUCUUACUGGGAGUGCUACAUCUGUCAUCGGGAAUUUGAAACUAUAAAAAGCCUCAACCAGCAUCUCAACUCCCCCGCGCAUCAACAGGUCUUGUACCACUGUCCCAAUUAUACAAGUCAGUGUGGAAGGCAGUUUACGGCUCUUGGUGCGUUGUUUAAUCACCUUGAGAGCGAGGUUUGUUCUUUUAUGAGGUUUGAAAAGGUGCAGAUCCACGUGGAAGAUGUUAUAUCGGGUCGAGGUCGCAUUGCGUUCUGA